AUGGAGCCCCGACGCUGCUCUUGCGGCCCGCCGUCGCCCCCCGCGGAGCCCGCGGCGCAGCGGCGCCUCUUCGCCUUCCGCGCGGCGCCGCCGCGCCGCGGGCCCCCCGAAGACGACGAGGAGCGCUCGCGGGGUCGGCUCGAGGACGAGGGGCCGCAGCUGGCAGAUGGCGCCGCGCCGGCGCUGGAGCUGCGGCUGGCGCCGAGGGCUGCGGGCCUCCUGGAGGCCCACCUGACGUGCGGCGGGCUCGAGCUCGGUCCCGUGGUGCUGGCCGCCCCUGCGUGCCCCGUGCCGGUGCAGGGCGGCGUCGUGUCGGGCUCCUGCCUGGCUGCGCUGGCGUUCACCCUGGGCCUGGGCGUCGGCGUCGGCCGGGCCGCCCUGGAGAUCGGAGCUGGCCGCGGGUUACUGGGCAUCACGCUGGCGCACGCCGGCGCCGAGGUGGUGGUCACGGACGCGGAGCCCGCGGUCUGCGAGGCGCUGCGGGCCAGCGUGGAGCAGGCGGGCCCCGCCCGCCCGCGCCUGAGCGCGCGCGAGCUCGACUGGGACGACGGCCUGGGCGACCUCCCGCCGCCGCCGGCCGCGGGCGCCGCGCCCCUGCUGCUCGGGGCCGAGCUGCUGUGGGCCGACGACGCGGACUCGCUCUGGCAGGCCGUGUCGCCGGCGGUGCUGGAGCACGGCUGGGAGUUCGUCUACGGUGCAGCGGACCGGCCGUCCAACGAGGCCCUGCUGCAACUGCUGGCGGAGCAGGAGGGCACGCGCCUCGAGGUCAGCUCCUGGAUGGUUUGCCAGGGCUGCCCCCGCUGCCGCGGCUGGGUGACCCUCGAGCGCUGCAGGGCAAUGUCCCGGCGCCGCACGUCCCCAGGGCCAGCUGGCCCGGCGGUCUUGGCAGGCCGCAGCGCCUCCACCGACAGGCGCCGCGCGGCCGCGCUGGUCCACGGCGUCGGCGCCUUGGGCGCCCGCGCGGACACCGACGCGGCCGCGAAGGCGGCCUCGCGCCAGCGCCCGCCCAGCGAGAGCAGCCUCGGCGGCGGGGCCGCGGCGGCGCGGCCGCGGAGGUGA